GUGGUUCGACGUCUGCGCACUUGUCCCCCACCACCGUGACUGAUGCUCGAAUAACGCCCUCUACUUCAAUUGUCCCGUGCUGGCCAUGGAAGUCUUCUCAUAGCGACAGCCGUCUGUCCCUUCACGCUGACACCGCCGUCGCCGCGCCGUCCAACGGCGGCAUCAGCGCAAUCGCCGCAUAGUUUGCGCAAGGACGCUGUAAACAGCCACAUUGUCGCAAUACCCGUAGGACGAAUCGGCCUGCAGUGCAACCGCCCGCCAUGCCGUCGACCUCACCUCCCCCUACGCCUUUGAUCCGUCGCCCCGUCUCGCUCGACGACUCCGACUCGGACAGUUCGCAGGCGACGCUGCAACAACGCCGCUCUCCACUGCCCACGUCGGUACUGUCACCCUCGGCACGUUCGCCGCGCUCUCUCGACCCGCCUACUGCUGGCCCCCCGCCGCCGACACCGUCAUCUUCUUCAUCGUCAUCGGCGCAGAAUUACUCACGGCCGGGCUUUGUGCGCGAUGCAACCCAGAGCCAGGGUCACAUCGGGGCGCAUAAUAUAGGACACCGCCCACGCCAGCGCUCGCAGGGUUACUUUGAGCCCAGCCUCAGUUCGAUGCGUGAAGGUCAGGGUCAGCUCACGGCCUCGCAGAUUGCUGCCCAGGCCGCAUAUGCCCAGAACCCCCAGCACAUCCGCAAGCGUUCCACCACCAUCCCCGCUCCCAAUGAGCAGGCACAGGCGGGACGCGGCCAGCCCAUGAGCCCCCCGCCUGUGCCUACGCAAGGCGUAACCUUCAAGACCAAUGGCAUGUCGUACCAGAAUGGCGUCGUCGGUGGACGGAUGGCCGCGACCACGGCGGCGAAUGCUGCAUUUCCUCGUAGUCCGCUGAAUUCACCUGGUAUAGAGGGGGCGCAGCCACAGUCGUCGCCUAAGCCUGCAUCGACUCCGGAACCACAGCAGUUGCAAAAGAUAAAGGAGAGCAAAAGCAAGAUGAAACUGUUUUCGUCCAAGCCAAAGAACAUCAAAGUGGACAACCGCCUGGACAGCAAGCACCAGGCACUGCCGUCACCGGGUAAGAUUGGCAUUGGCAUUCACAGCUCCCAGGCCCUCAAUCGCAUGAUGAUGGCCGGCUCGACGACGAGCCUGGUCGAGUCGACCGUCAGCAGCAGCACCUCGCUGUACUCUUCUGCCAAUGCCUCCACGUCCACUCUAGUUCCCCCACGGAAUGAUUCGCUGCCGGAGCGGAAAGAGGAGAAGCACAAGCACCACUUCCUGUCACGGCAGAAACACAAGCUCAAAGACCAGGACAGUUUUGCUCUUCCCCUGUCGUCAGCGAACAGCAACUCGAAGCCCACAAAUCCCAGUGCGCCAGAACCCCUCUACUCCUUCGCCGCGCCUUCUUCGCCAGGCCAUUCCAGCACUUUUGCUAGUUCUGUGACUGGUCUGGAUCUGCGACACGGUGGGCGGCAUUUGAGACGCGCCAAAAAGGAGGAGAAGGCAAACGCUUUUCUCGACGCUCAACUAGAGCCUCCGUACAGAGAACGGAUGAACUCGGUUAGCACGGAAAGAGCAGAGUGGCCGUCAUUAGCGAGCAAUAUCACAAGUGCAUCAAGCCACACCACGCCUGGACAGACGAUAUCACACACGACGGAAAUGUUGCAUCUAGGCAGCUCGUUCGGCAUCAAUGGCCUGUCACCAGACGACGCCUGGCCGUUGUUGAAAGCAAGAGUGUUACUAAUCUUCGAAGGCGAGGACCCACGACCACCUGUAGAAGACUUCAACGCCCUAGUCACUGUACACAUCAAACGCUGCAUUCACAAGCGCUCCCCCAUAAUCCUCAUAGAAGACCUCAACGAACUCCUCUCCACCGGCUUUGGCUCCCUAGACCAGACGCUCCGACACGUGCCCGAUGACCGGCUUAUCCCACAUCUUGUAGAGAUGUGGCUUGUUGUAUUUACCACCAUCCUUCCCUUCUUACAAGCUGUAUUCCUACCCCUCGACCUGGAGUUUAGAGGCUCGGGCAUCAUGACAUCGGCGCAAGCCGCCGAGUUCUGGGGCGUCAUGCUGCCGGAUGAGAUGAACACGAAAAGUCCAGAUCACCUCAACAUACCCAUUCUAGGCGAACUAGAAGUCCGACGCAUCACACUCCUCAUAUUCAGAGACAUUGUCAUACUUCCACGCUACGAGGCGCUAAUGGCCAUUUUCUCCCGUCUAUCCCUCGAGAACCUAAACGCGGGAUUGGAAUCUCCUUCUCCCAUUCCACACGACACACGCCCAGGCACCGCGGGAAGCGCAAACGAUGUCCUGCCAAUGGGUAGUCUUAAUUCCACCUCCCAGAGCUCAGGCGGCUACUUAGAAUCCACAACCAGUAUAACAUCCUCGACGUUCGCCAGCACAAGAUCCCGCGCUACCUCCAACACAUCCGCUGGUUCCUUCUCCUCAAACCCCUCGCAACAUCCACCUACCAUGUCCCACCUCCACCCCCCGCCGCCUACCUCGCACUCCAACCUCCCGCCCGCCGCCCUGCGCCAACAACCAAUGGACUCGACCAAAGUCACCGAAACAGUCGGUCGCAUGCUGCAAUGCGUGUCUGUGCUAGUUAGUCUGCAGUCCAGCGAUGAUGCACAGGAAAAGAUUGGUAGGUUGAACAAGGAGCUCAAGUAUAAUUGGCUGGGUAGGGGCAGGACGGGGAGACAGCGGCAGGGUUUUGUGGGGCCGAGGAGUAGAGGGGGUGGGUUGAAUCUUGCAGCCGGGGGGAUUACGGUGCCGGGGUUGGCCUAG